UUGAUGACAGAUUGACAACGGCGACGCAUGGAAGCAAUCAAACGUUGCACAACACGUUGUGGAAUGUUCUGCCACUCUUGCUGCAGUGCCGUAAGAAGUUGCGGAAGUGUCUGGGAUGGUGGAUUCCUCUGGCGCACCCGCUCAUCCAGUGCAUCCCAUAGAUGUUCUAUUGGGUUUAAAUCCGGCGAACGGGCAGGCCAAGAUUUCAUGGAUAGGAAUUGCGACAAUAAGUUGGUGCUCGAUGGAGCGGGGUCGGGAAUAUUGGAACUCACUAGCUCGUCGCGUUACGCCCGCAACAUGAACUGUUUCUUGGUGCUAACGGCCCCGCCAAAUCAGAGGAUUCUGGUCCGACUGCUUAAACUGGAUAUACAUUCGGGCCUUGACCCGUGCAGUGACUGGAUACAGCUGGUCGACGGCUCGUCCCCGAGUCAUUCAGAUGGGGUUGGAGCUUUAACGGGCCAUCUGUGUGGGGAGACUGAACCCGAAGUACCUUUUGCCUCAACCAAAGAGGAUAUAGGUGUUGAAUUUAUCAGUGACCAUUCCGACAACGAUGGUGGAUUCGAGUUGCUGUUUAAUACAUUUUACAUGGAGCCGUGUAAAGUAUCUGACUUCACGUGUGACAACGGCCGCUGCAUCCCCGGUAACCUGGAGUGUGCAUCGCACGACCACUGUGCCGACGGCUCCAACCUCUGUUCUGAUGUUUUGCGGAAUGUCAUCGUCAUCAUCGUUGGCAUUGUGGCUUGCUUCGUGGUUGUCUUUGCAAUCGCGUAUUUAGUGAAACGCCACAGACGGAAGGAACUCGUUAUGGUCCGUCCAUAUAAAGACGGCGCCCAGUCCACUCCACUUCAAAGCCAACCCCUUGGUAAGCCAGUUAAAGCAGGAUACCCAGCAGCCAGACAAAACCCACGCAAACCAGAUGAUCAAGAAAAUCCACACCAACCAGCUGAUCAAGAAAAGCUACGCCAACCAGCUGAUCAAGGAAAUCCACGCCAACCAGGUGAUCAAGAAAAGCCACACCAACCAGCAAUUGAAGAAAAUCCACGACAACCAGCGACUGGAGAAAAUCCAGACCAACUAGUGGAUCUAGGAACGACUGAAAGCUUUUUCAUUUGAAAUGUGUUUUGUUUAGCCAGUAAUUUUCCUAUGCCUAAUUUGUUUUCGAGUUCAACAUGAACACGUUCACUUCUGUAUAAUAUUCCUGAUAUUUUGGAUGCCUUUCCUGUGAUAACGUGGCCCAAACCUAAUGGAAAAGCCCAUAUAGCCCUUUAAAACACGGGAAGUGUUCUUCUCUUUCCUACCAUAGCUGCCAAUUUCAGAGGAAUAUAAAAGGAUAUAUGGACAAUAAUACUAUAAAAAAAAUUGUAACUGAAUACCUAUAGGUAAAUUUAGAUUGCUUUUCCUAGUAUUCAAUAAAGUCAUUCCGCAUGA